AUGGUAUCCUUUGUACAGCCUCCGGUCCUAUACGGAUUUGACCCGGAGAUCCAGGAGGAUCACCCCUUCGACAAUGUCUGGUCGGCUGGAUUUGUAGCCAAAAUCUACACCAAUGAGCAACACAACGAGGUCAGGCGAUUCAUGGUGGAUUCGUCGGCCAUGCAGGAGCUCAAGUAUGCCAACAACGUCUUCGUGCUUUUCAGGGCCCUUCGCCGGUGUGGUGAAUUCUGGGGUCAACCAGAGUUCUGGACCGCCAUGGCUAGAGGUUAUAGUACCAAACCCAGCUAUGUCAGAGAACUGGUCUACAUGCUUGUGGAUGCUCGCAAAACUGCUCUCCAAAGGAUGAGGCGUGUUCAUAACUCACCCACUACCCACGUUGUCGAUGAGUUCAUUGCCUGGCUCGACCAGUACGGGCCUUACCAGCCAAAACGCCGGCAGAUUGACGGAUCCAUUACUUUUUUCCACUGCAGUUGGCUUCUUUAA